AUGCCGCUCAGUAAGAAGGGCGCAUUCGUCAUGCGCGGCGACUCGCCAGAGCCGUUCCGAAGGAAGUCUGGGAAGUGGUUUAUCGGGUCGCUCUCCGUCUUCGCCCGGAGGGGGUCCGCGAAAGCCAGCACGCGGGAGUCGACCGAAGCCAACCCCCACUCCCAGCCGCCCCCGAGUCGCGACUCAGCGCGAGCCGAAGCGGGUGAUGCGGACAAAACACAAAAGCAACUCGUCCAGGAGGAGGCUGAGAAACGCACCCAGAACGCGUCUGAGCUCAUAACUGCAUCUUCCCCACAGGGCACUGAUGAUGAUGGGAAAGGGAAUAUUAAUAGAAGCAUGCCACCUGAAGGUGCGAGCCCCCUGCAAGAGGAGCUCUACGCUGAAAUUGACAUCGAUGAUAAUGAGCCUAGUCAACAAGACCUCCCCUCUGGUGCAAUGAAUCCUGGCAGUGAUCCUAAACCCCUCAUCAAUACACGCACACUGAAUCCGGCGGCUUCAGACAGCAGCGGGGAAAAUGGCAGUGCUACGACCCCCGCGUUGGAGAAGAGUGGCGUCUACGACAUGAUGGAUUCCACUGACCUCACAAAAUACACAAGCAGCACGUACGACAUUGGCGCUGAGCGGGAUUCCACAGAAGAUAUAAAAAGCAUGUACGGCAUGGGGGUUGACCAAGGUCCCGCAGCCACUGCGAGCAGCACGUACGGCAUGGAGGGCCCAUGGAGGAAUUCCAUAUAUGACGUGGGAAACUUCGCUUUAAGCCAGCAUGAGGAACAACCUGUUACUCUUCAUUCUGAGAUCAAUUCCUCCGCAAUAGACCAGAGGGUUCCCGAGCCCAAUCAGCAUUUAACACGCGUACCAGCAUCAGCAGUUCCAAAAAGUAUUUAUUGCAAAAUAGCCACAGACUUUCGUGAUGCUAAGAGUGAGACCAAGAAAGGGUUGGAGACUGCCUCGAAGCCGAAGGAAGACGAAGCCGUGAAAAAGGACAGCAAGCCCCCGACGACUGCAAGGCCGACUGAGCUCAACGACAACGUUCACUCCUUGGUGGUUGUGAGCGACACCGCCGCCUCCGCUGUCACGGAGAAGGAGACCGAGAAGAAGGUGUCAGUGAAGGACACUGACGGCAAGGUGGUCGAGUACGAGGCGGACGAGCUGCUGCGGGCGAGCAAGGCGACCGUGGAGAACUCCGCGCUGCUGCAGGUGCUCCGACAACAGGUGGAGGCGGGCCACCACUGUGCCGUGAUCCUGGCCAACGGCAAGCAGCAGGGGCCGGUGAGCCUGAGCGUUGCGCAGGCCCUCUUGAAGUCCGUCAUGGCUGCGCUCAAGAAGAAUGAGGAGGAGAAGGGGAUCAAGUACGAAGUCCAACUGACAGCCGCCGCGAUGCCCUCGGUC